GGGCUGGGAUUGGCCGGGGACAGGCGAUGGUGCAGGAUAGAAGGCAGGCUGAGCAGUGCACUGGAGUUGCUACAGAAGGAGCAGAUGCUAAAGAGCCUCCCAAGAUACCUGAAGAGGAUACGGAAGCACUGAAGGGUGCUGUUGGGAAAGGAAACCUCACCAAAGCAGCUGCUAAAGCGAAAGAGGCUCUGGAGAGGGUUGAUAAAAACACUCUCAGCAUCGCUGGCAUGGGGGAGUCAGGCUCUGGAAAAUUGUCCUUUGUCAACACCAUCCAGGGCCUGGGGGCUACAGAUGAUGGUGCUGCUGAGAUAGGACUUACUGAAAAGAUAAUGGAGCCCGCUCCUUUACCGCACCCUGAAUGUCCAAAUUUUAUAGUCUGGGAUCUGACAGGGACCGAGAUGGCAAAUUUUAAAUCAGACACGUACUUCAAGCAGGUGAAGUUCAGCUGCUAUGACUUUUUCAUCAUCAUCUCCAGCCCCCACUUGACAUACCAUGACAUUAGCCUCGCCCAGGAGAUCCAGGGACUGGAGAAGAAGUUUUAUGUUGUGCGCUCCAAGGUGGAUCAGGAUUUGACAAAUGAAAACCGACGCUAUGAUGCGGAGGGAAAACUGAAGCAGAACAAUGCUUCCGUGAAAAGGCCACAUCAGUACAGUGAGAGUGCGCUCCUCAAUGCCACCAGAGAGAACGGCAUCGAAGGGCUGAAAACAGGAGGGAUGGCCCCCCCCCCACGGGUUUUUCUUGUACUGAGAUCAGGGCUGGUGCAACCAUUUAGGCAAACUAGGUGGCUGCCUAGGGCGCCUAGUGGUUGGGGUCACCUAAAAGCCCCUUCAGGUGAGGAGGUGGAGGUGAGCUGGAGGGGCAUGCAGAGAGAGUUGCCCGCAAUAACGAGGGGGGGCGCACAGGGGAACCGCUCCCUGCCCCAGCUUACCCUCCACUCUGCCUCCUCCGCUGAGCAUACAGCCCAGCUCUCAGUCUCCUCCAAUCAGCGCCGCACGCCUGGGCGGGGAGGAAAUUAGAGCAGAGCCGGCGUGAUCAGUGGAAGAGGCAGAGCCGAGGUGAGCUGGG